CCGGCCUCAGUGCAAUGUGAAGCUUGCCCGACCCUGGUUUGCCAAGGACUGAAGCUUCCAGCUAGUAGCAGUACAUGCAUCCGAUAAUCAUCUUCUCCUACAAAAUGGAUUUUAGCCAGAACAAUCUGUUUGGUUACAUAGAAGACCUGCAGGAACUUACUAUUAUAGAAAGGCCCGUGCGCAGAAGCCUAAAGACACCAGAAGAAAUAGAAAGAUUGACCGUUGAUGAAGAACUCAAUGAUAUUGAAAGGGCUGUUUAUCUGCUCAGUUCUGGUCAGGAUAUCCAGGGAACAAGUGUGGUUGCAAAUCUACCAGUCUUGAUGCGACAGAAUCCUGCAGAGACGCUUCGGAGAGUUCUGCCAAAAGUGAGAGAGGUCCUGCCUGUUGCAGGGGUGGAAAUGCAGUUAACAGCUGCUGUUUCAUUUUUGACUAUUCUACAAGAGGAGUCAAUAUCCAUCCAUACUUACACCCACUCCCUCCUACACAUCAUUCUACAGAAUCUGGAGCACAGAGACGCAGGUGUCAGUAAUGCGUGGCUGGAAACCCUUCUUGCUGCAAUAGAAGCUUUGCCAAAAGAAACCAUCAGACACGAGAUCCUGAAUCCUCUUGUUUCCAAGGCACAGCUUUCCCAAACACUUCAGUCUCGCUUGGUUAGUUGUAAAAUCUUGGGAAAAUUAGCUAACAAGUUUGAAGCUCAUAUCAUUAAAAGAGAAAUUCUCCCACUGGUAAAAUCUCUCUGCCAGGAUGUAGAAUAUGAAGUCCGUUCCUGCAUGUGUCGGCAACUGGAGCACAUAGCUCAAGGAAUAGGGGCGGAGCUGACUAAAAAUGUUGUGCUUCCUGAGUUGGUAGAACUAGCAAGAGAUGAAGGCAGCAGUGUACGUCUUGCAGCUUUUGAGACCCUGGUUAAUCUACUGGAAAUGUUUGAUGCAGAUGAUAGAAGUCAAACUGUCCUCCCGUUAGUGAAGUCAUUCUGUGAAAAAUCCUUCAAAGCAGAUGAAUCUAUUCUUGUUUCAUUAUCUUUCCACUUAGGGAAGCUGUGUAACGGACUAUAUGGGAUUUUUACACCGGAGCAGCACUUGCGAUUUUUGGAAUUCUAUAAGAAGCUUUGCACACUGGGAUUAGAGCAGGAAAACGGACACAAUGACAACCAGGUACAACUCCAGACCCUAGAACAAGAAAAGAAGUACAUCUCAGUGAGGAAGAACUGUGCGUACAAUUUACCAGCCAUGAUUGUAUUUGUGGAUCCCAAAAACUUCAGUUUGGAACUCUACUCUACAUUCUUCUGUCUCUGCCAUGACCCUGAAGUGCCCGUCAGACACACAAUGGCUAUUGGCUUCUAUGAAGUUGCUAAGCUUUUAAAUACCGAUGUGUAUGUAGUACAUAAAGAACUGGUAGCCCUAUUACAGGAUGAGUCACUAGAGGUGUUAGAUGCAGUAAUAGGUCACCUUCCUGAAAUUCUUGAACUGUUGUCUACUGGCGGCGAAGGUGGUGGAUCAGAAAGCAAGCUAUUGAAUUUUCCAGAGUUGAUUCCAGCACUAACGAGAGCGGAGCAGAGAGCAGCCACCUCUUUGAAAUGGAGGACUCACGAGAAGCUGCUACAAAAAUAUGCCUGCUUGCCUCACGUUCUCUCGAGUGAUCAAAUUUAUUACCGCUUUUUGCACAGGAUGCUGACAAUCAUUAUGACAAAUAAUGUCUUGCCUGUGCAGAAAGCAGCCGCUCGAACCCUAUGCAUUUACUUACGUUACAAUCGCAAGCAGGAGCAGAGGCACGAGGUCAUUCAGAAACUGAUUGAACAACUGGGCCAAGGGAAAAGCUAUUGGAACAGAUUGCGGUUUUUAGACACUUGUGAAUUCAUCAUAGAACUCUUUUCCAAAUCUUUUUUCUGCGAAUACUUCUUUCUUCCAGUGCUUGAACUUACACAUGAUCCAGUGGCAAACGUGAGAAUGAAACUUUGCUACUUAUUGCCAAAAGUGAAAUCUACUCUCAAGGUCCCGACAGAUAAACAUUUGCUGCAGCAGCUGGAGUUAUGUGUCAGGAAACUUCUGUGUGAGGAGAAAGACAAGGACGUCCUGAGCAUUGUGAAAAAGAUGGUGCUGGAACUGGAUAGAAUGGAAUCGUCUAUGGAUGCUUUUCAGAAGAGGUAUUAUGAAAAUGACCUUUUGGACCAGCAAAAGGAAAGAGAGGAGCAUCUUCUCUUGGAAAUGGAACAAUUAGAAAAAGAGAAACAGCAAAAUGAGGGCAGGUCUACCAGUAUGAGCGACAAAAUAUACGAAAAGAAGCGUAAAGACAGUAAAACGUCAUCAACUUUGACCAAGAACAUACCAAUGUCUGUUUCUGGAAAUCCUCCGGGUUCUUCAACAAGCAAGGAAGUAAAGAAAUCCAAGCUGGUUCGAAGUCAGUCUUUCAGUAGUCAAGCCUUGCACUCGAAAUAUGGCAGCACUGAUAAAUGUUCCAGCAAAAGUUCUUCGACAGGGUAUUCUUCUAUGCCAGGAGUAGGAAAAAAUUCCUUGUUCUCGUUUACAGAUGAUACUUUUCGUACUCGUUCCAGCAACUCCAGUGGGACUGUUGCCUUUUCCUCUACUUCCACUUUACCAUCUUCCUCUCGUAAUUCGAGCAACUCAGUUGAUCAAAAGAACAAUGGGAGUAAAGAAAGCCAUUCGCGGAAGGUUAGCUUGAAAAACAGAAAGUCAAAUUCCUAGAGUUGGAGAAAGAAAGGAUGCAAACCAAAGACCGCUGGAGGCAACAUGGAUGAACGAUCAGCAGAAGCUGGAGUAGAACCUUGACCUUAAGGAGUGGCGAAGAGAGACUUACCUGCAUCUUGCAUUGUUAACAUCCUCCGUCAGUUAAAUAAAUUCCUAUGUUGUAAAAUAUCUUCAUAGAAAUAAUGUAAUAUGUGCAGAAUUCCAAUGUUGUAAGUGAAGUGUUUAAUUCAAUGUUACUUUAGCAAUGUGCUUAAAAACUGCUGCAGCUAAAGAAACAGGGUUUUUUUUUCCUUCUUCCUCUCAAUUAUGCCUUUUUAUAGUUCAGGUUCCUUGAUUUGGAAUACAAGUGCUCUCUCCUUUAAAACAUACCUACUGACGAGCUUAAGAACUCCUAACAUGUCUUUGCUACG